UAUAUAGUUGUUUGAGUAUUUUGUAUUGUGUAGAAUCCAUCUCCAUCAAUAACUAAUGGCAACAGAGAGAGUGCUUCGCAUGAAGGGUGGUGUGGGAGAAACUAGCUAUACAAAAAACUCCUUACUCCAGAGAAAAGUGAUGAUGAAAUUGAAAACCAUAUUUGAAGAAAAUGUAAAACAGAUGAUGUCCAACAUAACUUCUGAAAGCUGCUGGAGAGUAGCAGAUUUAGGUUGCUCUUCGGGACCAAAUGCAUUUAUGUUUGUGUCAAAUAUCUUAAACAUCAUGGAUAAUGCUAGCUUGAGCUUAAACCGUGUGCCACUCCAAAUCUACCUCAAUGACCUAUUUGGAAAUGAUUUCAAUACCAUCUUCAAGUUAAUUCCUGAAUUCUACCAAAGUAUACAUCAAGAGAAAGGAGACAACUUUGGAUCAUGCUUUAUUCAUGCAACACCAGGAAACUUUUAUGGGAGGCUCUUUCCUGAUAAUUACAUCCACUUCUUUCAUUCCUCCUACAGUCUCCAUUGGCUAUCUCAGGCACCAAAAACUUGGAGCAACAUAGCCGAACCACUCAACAAGGGAAAUGUUUAUAUAACAAGUACAAGCCCUCCUUCAGUCUAUGAAGCGUACUUGAAGCAAUUCAAUAAAGAUUUCAAUCUUUUUCUAACAUCACGCUCGGAGGAACUAAUAUCUGGUGGUAUUAUGGUACUUACUUUCAUUGGCAGAGAAAAAACUAAAAAAUUUAAUAAUCCUGCAGAGGUAAUUGGUAUGGUACUCAACGACAUGGUCCAAGAGGGUCUGGUUGAAGAAGAAAAAUUGGAUUUCUUUGAUCUACCUUUAUAUGGUCCAACUGCAGAAGAAGUUAGACAAGUGAUUGAAGCAGAAGGAUCAUUUACCAUUGGAACAUUGAAGACUAUGAAAAUAGGUUGGGAUGCAAACCUUGAAGAGGAUGUUGAUGAUUCUAUACUUGAUAGCAAAAUGAGAGGAGAGUUCACUGCUAAGUCCAUGAGAGCUGUUCUUGAACCUAUCUUGUCAGUUGAGUUUGGUAAAGAUAUCAUGGAUGAAUUGUUCUUGAGAUUUGCAAAGCUGGUUGCCCAACUCAUUGAUGAGUUGGAGACAUUGGAGUAUACUAAUGUCGUAGUGUCCGUGACCAAAGAUCCUUGA